UUCAUUUCUAAGUUCCAUGGGGGGACAGUUAUUCUCACACAGCAAACCUCACCACUCCCUUGCACUUAAGCUUUAAAUAAUCCAUAAAAAAUAAAUAAAACCCACGGAAAAUUUUGAAUCUUUAGACCUGUUGCUUUCGAAGAAACCCCAUAAAAAAGAUGCAAGCUUGGUUCUCAGGGAGCAGUAGUGCAGAUGAUGGGCAGGGAAAAGAAGGAUCAUCGCUUUUAGCUGAUUGGAACUCUUAUGCAGCUUCAAGAGAAUCGGAAGAUGGCUCUGCGUUUGGGUUCGAUCUUGAGUCUGCUAUGAGGUCUGCCAAUGAUACUGUCUCUGGUACCUUCAACGUCGUUUCGAAAGGUGUGAGAGAUAUUCCUGGAAACUUCCAAUCUGCCACGAGUAGUGUUCCUUCAGGAAAAGCACUUCUCUAUUUUGGUUUAUUUCUGGCAAGCGGGAUCUUUUUUGUUUUCAUUGCUUUUACCAUGUUUCUGCCGGUCAUGGUGAUCAUGCCCCAAAAAUUUGCAAUAUGCUUUACUCUUGGAUGUGGCUUUAUCAUCGGAUCAUUCUUUGCUUUAAGAGGCCCAAAGAAUCAGUUAGCUCACAUGUCAUCAAAAGAGAGGCUUCCUUUUACACUGGGAUUUAUUGGAAGUAUGGUGGGUACCAUAUAUGUUUCCAUGGUGCUUCACAGCUACAUUCUUUCCGUUCUCUUUUCUGUGUUACAGGUUCUUGCACUUGCUUACUACGCUAUCUCUUACUUCCCUGGUGGAUCUGCCGGGCUGAAAUUUCUCACAUCGGCUCUUACCUCUUCAAUAACUAGCUGUUUUGGCAGGUGACCUGGCCACCUUCCACCUUUGUUUUUGACUUGUAUACUUGUUUUGAGUCAUUAAAGGGUCUUAGUUACAUGUUUUGUUGCUUCCAUGCUGUCAUUUUCUUGUAUUUUCUGAAGAAAAACCGCAAAAAGUGUACCUUUUAUCUGCAUCAAAAUUUGGAUCCAUUAAUAGAUGAAUGCACUUAGUUUUGGUUCGUUA